AUAAAGUCUCUUGUGGACUUUGUGGUUUCACUGGGUCAAAUUCUUUGGACCCGGCCGGAUGCUGAAAAGAGGGGAACCAAAGAGAAGAUGCUCACAGCUCAUUGCCAGUGUCAGCAGGGCUGGAGGGAGAAUGAAGAUAGAUGUUACUUAUUUUCAACUGAUGUAAGGACAUGGAUGGAGGCUAACGCCUUUUGUAUCGCUCAGAACAGCAACCUGAUGAGUGUCCAGGACAUUCAUGAGAGGCUGUGGGUGAGGACACAGAUCGGCAGAGAGACGUUCUGGUUCGGCCUGAAUGACCAGGUCUCAGAAAACGUGUUUGAGUGGAGCGAUGGGAGCACCUUCAUACCAUACUUAUCAUACUGGAUGAACGGGCAGCCUGAUAACUGGGGCGAUGAGCCCGGAGAGGACUGUGUUCAGGUGGUCGGGGAGAGCCAAGGCCAGUGGAACGACAAGAACUGCAACUUCAAGAGGAAAUAUAUCUGCAAGCACGUCAACCCGAAUCCUGGCCCGCAGUGUGACUUAGCAAACGGCUGGAGACAGUACGGCUCCAACUGCUACAAGCUGAAGGCUGAAACCAGGAAGAGCUGGUCUGAGGCGAGGGGGGACUGCGUUCAGGAGGGGGGGGACCUGGUGUCCAUCGUCAGUGCAGAGGAGGAGGAGUACAUCACAGGAACUCUGGACCCCUCGUGGGCUGACCUCUGGAUGGGGCUCUCCACACUGAAAUGCACCAAGAUUUCCUGUCAGGUUGAAGCGGGGAACAGUCAGUACGCCUGGACUGAUGCUCUCCCAGUGGGGUACACAAACUGGGGCGAUGAUCAACCUUCAGGGGAUUUACAGGCCGGCUUGUGUUCUGCAAUCAUUAAAGAACCAUCAGACGAGUUUGGGAAGUGGAGUGCCCAUGUGUGCAGAUACGAGCGUCCCUACAUGUGUAAACGACCACUGAACACUAUCUGCCCCCCUGGCUGGCAGAGUUUCUCCGGCAGUUGUUACUGGAUGGUCAGUAAUGUCAAUCUGUUGACCACCUGGCACGACGCCGCCACCAAGUGCUCCGAUCUGGGGGCCCACCUUCUCAUUAUUAACAAUCAAGAUGAACAGUUCUACAUAAAUGGAAAACUCCCAGACUUUCACCAAGUGGAGAUCCCUGACCUAUGGAUCGGUUUAUCAGAUAAGGACCAGGAUGGGGACUUUAAAUGGGUGGAUAAAUCCCCGGUUACUUUUUCCAACUAUCUCCCUGGUUGGCCCAAAAACACUGUUGCCACCUGGGACUGUGGACAGAUCUUCACAGGAAAUUACGAGGGCAAAUGGGAAACAACUAACUGCUUCAAGAGCCUGGGUUACAUUUGUGAGAUGACGGGUGGACAGAAUCCAAAACCAACUUCAGCUCCUGAUUCCCACUGUGACGCUGGGUAUUUGUUGUAUGGGGAUUUCUGCUAUCAGUUUGAGACUGAGCAGGUGAAGAACUGGCACGACGCCGAGGCUCACUGCAGCGGAGAGCAGAGUCACCUGGUCAGCUUCCACUCCCUGGAGGAGCUGAGCUUCAUCACUGCUCACAUGCCAGGGGAAGCCUGGGUGGGGUUGAAUGAUAUAAACAACGAGAACCAGUUUGUGUGGACUGAUGGAACUGCUGCAGACCUCCUCCCGUGGGCGCCCAACCAGCCGGACGACUGGCAGAACAACGAGGACUGUGUGAACCUCCGAGGGAUGAACCACUACGAACCGGGGUUACUCAACGACGAUUUCUGCACCGCCACCAAGGAAUUCAUCUGCAAAAAAGCUAAAGGACAAGGCCCUCCUCCCCAGCCCCCGACAUCUGGACCAGGAUGGAAUCCGAAAUGUGGAUUCUGGAUGUCCGACCCCUUUAAUGAUUACUGCUACCUGUUCAACUACCUGUCCACCAGGACGUGGGCGGAGGCUCGGGCCGACUGUGUAAACCAGGGGGGGGACCUGGUGAGCAUCACAGACCCUUUCGAACAGGCCUUCAUUCAAGGUGUGAUCCAGGUGAGUCCCACUGGGAUCUCUCUGUGGAUGGGCGGCCACGACUCGGUCACUGAGGGCGGCUGGGAGUGGAUGGAUGGAGCUCCCUUCAGAUACAUCCGCUGGAGCGCAGGUAACCCUGACGACUAUUACGGUGAAGACUGCCUUUCUAUCCUCAUUAACAACGGCUACUGGAACGACGACAACUGUGACAGCAAAAGAGGAUAUAUCUGUGAGCGCAGAGGGAACACACCUGAGCCUCCUCCUCCUCAUGAUGGCUUCAUGACGGCUCUGGUGUGCCAGGACUCCUCCGCUGUCCUCCACUGUCCGACCGAAAGUGUGAUUAACAUCCAGUCUGCCUUCUAUGGACGAAAGAGCGCCGACAUCUGUCCACAUCUGGAGGGAUCAGGAGGAAGCUGCACAGUGGAUGGUAUCCUCCCUUACUUUAGGAAGAGGUGUGAUAACCAUCCCUUCUGCUUUCUGUACGCCCAUACCGAGGAGGACCCCUGCCCCACCGUUUCCAAAUACCUUGAGAUCGUCUACAGCUGUGAACAAAAAGUGUGUCUGCACGGCCUGGGUGUGGAGGACGGGAACAUCACGGACUCCCAGCUCUCUGCUUCCUCCUCCAUCGGUUUCUACACCCCCAACAAGGCCCGCUUGAAUGGAAACUCCUGCUGGAUGCCUUCAGGAACCUCAACCUCAAGCUGGAUCCAGGCAAAUCUGGGCCAAACUAGAAAAGUGACAGGAGUAGUAAUCCAGGGUUGUCCUCAAAAUGAACACUGGAUCACCAAGUUUAAGAUCCAGCACAGCAUGGACGGAACAAUCUGGACGGACUACACUGCGGACGGGCAGUCUUUCCCAGGAUCGACGGACAAAAACAGUCCUGUCACUCAGCUGCUGGGGACCCCUGUGACGACUCAGUACAUCCGCGUCCUCCUGCUGGAGUUCAACGGGCAGGCCGGCCUGCGCUUCGACGUCUUAGGGUGCACCCCCGACUAUGCAGUCAGCUGCGCCAGUAGGCCCAACUUCAACUUUGCCAACGAUAAAAUGACUGUCAGUUGUCCAGCGCGCUGUUCCAACACUUACCACAGAGUGUACGGCACUUCAGUGUAUCGUGGGGACUCCAACAUCUGUGCUGCUGCUAUCCAUGCUGGAGUGGUGUUGAAUGAGAAUGGAGGGGACUGCACUCUGCUGAAAGCUCCAGGACAAAACUUCUACGCCGGCUCCACCCGGAACGGCAUCACCUCUCUACAAUAUGAUGGGAACUACGCUGUGUCAUACACUUUUGCAGAUGGAGAGCUGAGGUGUUCAGGGCCCGACUGGUAUGAGUUUGGAGAUUUCUGCUACAAACCUUUUGAAGACAAAAAGACUUGGCACGAUGCCCAGAGGACUUGCAGGGCGAUGGGUGCUGAACUUGUUUCCAUCCUCUCCAUGACGGAGCAGAGCUGGCUGGAAAGCUACCUGUACAUGGCCACCAGUGACGUGUGGACGGGUCUGACUGACCUGGCUGUGACCGGGAUGUUUACCUGGUCUGACGAACACAUGGCGACCUUCACUUACUGGGCCCCGGGGGAGCCCAACAACCACGACGGGUUCCAUGAGGACUGUGUGGAGAUGAUAUACCAGACUGGACGAUGGAAUGACGUGUCCUGCACCGAGCUCAAUACCUACAUAUGCAAAACGCCCAAAGCACACUACCCACUGCCCUCUGUGAAACCCACUGUGUACGGAUGCCCUCAGGGCUGGGAUUCGUACGGCUACGCCUGCUACUGGAUGGAGGAGACGGGCAGGACCCGGUCGGAGGCCAAGGCUUUCUGUGAGGAGCAGGACAGCUUCCUGCUGCACAUCGGAGACAUUUAUGAGCAGUCACAUUUCACAGUGGCGUUGUCGGGUAAGACUGGUUUCUGGUGGAUUGGCUUGCGUGCUCGAGGAGGGUCGAGUGGGGGGGUCGACUACAUCUGGGACAACGGGGCACUUCUGUCCUUCACCCACUGGGACAAAAAUCAGCCAGAUAGCGGGGAUGGCACCUGUGUGGCCAUGACAACGGGUCCGAUUGGUGGUUUCUGGGAUGAUAAGGAGUGCUUGGAGAAACACGCCUUUGUCUGUGAGAAACCCCGGCCCGACAUCACCCCCCCCCACCAAGGCCCCGACCUUCCCUCCUUCUCAGGGCUGUGCCACAAGCUGGACCGCCCUGCCUCACUUCAGAAACUGUUUCAAGCUCUUCCACAAUGUGGACUGGUCCAUGAAGAAGAGCUGGGGAGCCGCUCUGGAGGACUGCGUCUCCAGAGGAGCUAACCUGGUGAGCAUCCACACCCAGGAGGAGCAGGAGUUCCUGGCUCUGUACAGCAAAGGCACCAGCAAGUGGAUCGGCCUCAAGCACAACCCAGCAGAAGGAGGUUAUUCUUGGAGCGACGGCACACCUCUCUCACACACUAACUGGGGUCACGGGGAGCCCAACAGCCACGAGGGCCGUGAGGAGUGUGUGGAGAUGGUGAGCAGCACCAACGGGACCUUCUCUGAAUGGAACGAUCUGAACUGUGACGCCCACCAGGACUGGAUAUGCAUGAUUGCUAAAGGAAAGAACCCC